GAUUGGCCGAGAGGAACCCCGGCUCUGACUCCGCCCACCCCGCUCUUGCUGUCCCAGUCGGAAAGGCUGGGGAUUGGUUCCCGGCGGACAACCAAAGAAGCCAAGAGAUGGUCUCACCUCCCUCGCGCAGCCCGGAGAGGGAGCUCAGGGGAUUGGCCCGGGGAGUCUCGGCGCGCGCCGCCCGGCGCUCCAGAAUUGGUUAAGGGGGUGCUCGCGCCGCCGGGGAUCGUUGACGGUGAUUGGCCGGAGGGUGCGGCCGGCUAUUUGAAGGAGGCGCGCGGGCGAGAUACGCAGUUCAGCGGGCAGACCGAGGAGGCGGCGGCCUGUGGGCAGCGCUAACCGGCUGACCCGACAGGACCCAGUCGCUGGCUCCGCCCCAGCCCUGACUUGAGCCGCCGCCUGGCGAGGCGAUGGCCAAGGUGUCGGUGCUGAACGUGGCGGUGCUGGAGAAUCCGAGCCCUUUCCACAGUCCCUUCCGGUUCGAGAUCAGCUUCGAAUGCAAUGAGGCCCUGGCAGACGACCUGGAGUGGAAGAUUAUUUAUGUCGGCUCAGCUGAGAGUGAGGAGUUUGAUCAAAUCCUAGACUCAGUGCUGGUUGGCCCUGUCCCAGCAGGAAGACACAUGUUUGUCUUUCAGGCUGAUGCCCCCAACCCAUCCCUCAUCCCUGAGAGUGAUGCCGUCGGUGUGACUGUGGUCCUCAUCACUUGCACCUACCAUGGACAGGAGUUUAUCCGUGUGGGCUAUUAUGUCAACAACGAGUACUCCGACCCUGAGCUGCGGGAGAACCCGCCCCUGAAGCCGGACUUCUCUCAGCUCCAACGGAACAUCUUGGCCUCGAAUCCUCGGGUGACUCGUUUCCACAUCAACUGGGACAACAACUCAGACAGGCUGGAGGCCAUAGAGAACCAGGAUCCCGCCCUAGACUGCAGCCUCCCCCUCAGCUGCACCCCUGUCAAGGGCUUGGGGUUCCCUGGCUACAUCCCCAGCCUUCUUCCUGAGAACUCCAUGGACUGCAUCUAAUUUGGGGACUUCAGGCCCUACCUGGGCCCAGCCAGGACUACGGCCAGUCUCCUAACACAUCUGGAAGGGGCAACUGGGCUUCCCAGAGAGUCCUGUGGGGGUCAUCUGGAGGACUUUGGGGCCAUUAACUACUCCAGGUCAGUCAAACUUGUCCCCGAAGAAAGAACAGGCCUCAGGUCUCCCAGCUCUGGCCCAGAAGGAUCGUCUCACUUCUACUACCCAGGCUUAUAAGUAGCAGGUACUUCCGUUCUUAGUUUUUUCUGACUUGUGUACUUUCUCUCUUCCAUACACACUAUAAAUUCCACCUGCAGGCCAUUGUAUCACCAUGCUCCGGUGAGUACCAUUUACCCACAGCUCUUCCCACAGACCUCCCUGGCCUGCCUUGAGGCUUUGAUGGUCAGUGGCUGGCCAGGCUCUGGCCCUAUUGGGCCAAAGCCUCCAUCAUUCCUUUCCUUUCCCAAACAUCUGAGUAGAUCCACCCAGCUUUCCGGAGUCAUAGGCAAAGAAUCUGGGUUAGAAGGUGGACUUGGGCACAAUUUCUGCCCUCCCAAAGCAAUUUUUAGGUCUUUUCAAUCCAACAGCCCCUCGAAAACUCUGUCCCCAAAAGUAUGAUCAGCAGGAUGCAGAGCAACGAUGGUUGACUCUCCCCUGUCACAACCACCUUCCUGUUGCCUACUAACAACCUGGAUUUCCCCAGAGGCUGCCACUGUGGAGAGGUGGCAUGUUGGAGGGGCCUGCUGUCCUCGGUCUGUUUCAGUGUCAGCAUUAGGACCCCUCUGCUAAGACCUCAUGCACUCACAGGCCACAGAGUGAUCACAGGCAUGGGAAGCAGAAGAAACCCUGAAAACUUUCCUUCCCCCUUCCAUGCUUCCCGCGCCCCCCCCCCCCAUUCCCUCACCUCCUUGCUGCUACAUGGAUGCUGUUGAGAUUGCAAUUUGUAUAUUAAAGGGUUUUUAUAUUAAAUAUGUUUGCUUGGUCUAAAA